AUUGAGCUGGGGUCGAUUCAAGAGUCACAUGAGCAAUGGGCGGCACAAGUGCUAUUCAACCAGGCUACAUAUUGUCCGACCCUACUGUAACCCCGAGGUGCGGCACCCAUCACUCAAACUAGCUUUGUCCAACCACCUAUCAUCUUCGGCUUGGUGUUCCACCCAAUCUCCACCAAAAAUUGUCCAACCUAGCACCGAGCAUUUCGCCGCAUUAUCGGGGGCGAUGUCAUGGAGCCAGUUUCCAUAAUAAAGCUCGCUCAGGUGUUGUCAUGUCGACUAGAUGAACUCCAGGUUCUGCGAGUCGUAUGUGUAUAUGUAGGACUUUCCCAGAGUCCUUACCCGUGUUGCACAUCCUUCCAGAUGAACCCGGACCGCUUAGGAAUUCACAAGCGGUUGGUAUUUCUCGGGGGCUAUUAAUAUUACAACCUGUGUGAUCGAACUGAAACCUGAGCCGGCACUGCACUGUUUUUGGCUCUCACCCGGCAGUCCGGGCUCUACAUAAGCAGGGAAAGUCGUUCCAACGAUGAUGACUCACAUGUGGCACGACGGGUGACACGUAGAUGGACAGUUCGUGAUUGAGGACUACUUAUGUAUGUAUGCUUAUCAGCGUGGAACGUUCGCUUGUCGUAAGGUUUCCGAUCGUGGGUGACGUGCCUGCCCUUCUGAGCGGCUUCCUGUGAUCAUCAAUGCAGAAGAACAACAUCGACCCCGGAUGGUGUUGGCCUGCGCUCUGGCUCUGGGCUCCUCCUCGGGCAGAGUCCCCUGCUCAUAUGAGCCAGGGGCUUCAGCGGACCUGGAACCCAGCCAACCUGGUGCGAUAGUGACGUUGACAAACGAAAUUGACCGCAGGUUCAUCUGUCCAUCAGACUGUCGCACAGUGCGCAGAACGUGGGGCAGAUGCUUUAUACGCUCACACGCAACAGUAUUAUAAGUACAUUAUGCACGUCGCCACGGCGCUUGUGCUCGUCCUCGCGCGCUUUGCGCUCGCGCAAGGCAGCGACAAAAUCGCGAACAUCACGGUCCCGGACACGAUCCAGACGGCCUUCGGGGGAAUCGACCCGGUGGUUUUCACGUACAUCUUCGACGCGGUGCAGGGACACUCGCUGCAAAAUAUCACGUAUGAGCUGAUGGCGGGGAGAUCGGAAGACAACGGCCAGACGGUGGCUGAUCUGAUCGGCGUGGAAGGCCGACAAACCGGGAAUCAGUUCUCCUACUUCGUGCAUUCCUCCACCCCCGCAGGCCUGUACCACAUCCGCAUGAACGGCACCGUCAGCCCGACCGGCACGAACGUCACAUUCCGGUCCGUGACGACGAACAUCACGCUCGCGGACGAGAGCUUCGCGUGCACGACGCCGGGCGCGUACGUGCCGGUGACGGGCCUGGCGGACGCGCGGUACAGCCCCGUGCGGCUCACGCAGCCGGCCGCGGGCGCGGUGUUCACGCAGACCGAUCUGGGCGGGGCGCUGGGUCUGAUUGGGAGUGUGUUGACGCUCGUGGAUCUGCUGUUUGAUCUGCGCGACAUGGUCAAUCCGACACUCGAGGCCGUGAACGUCGACACGGGCUUCGCGACGCCCGCGCAGGCCGUCAACCACGGCAUCAUCAUCGAUCCCAGCAUCGUGCCGUACGCGACGAAAAACGUGACAGUGCUCCCGGGGACGUGGAAGCUCCGGCUCAACUUUACUGCCACGGGACCCGCAAGCACGGGCUCGUUCAGCACGCUCUCGGACGAGUUUUUCGUCGCGCAGCAGGCGCCGUGUGUCGGCCUCAGCGGCAGUGCGGGGUCAGGAGCGUCAUCGAGUGCUUCUAGCGGGGCGACAGGGGCAGCGAGUCAGACGUCGGCGUCGACGACUGGGAGUGGGGCGCAGACGGCAGGAGGAAGCACCGUUUUGACGACGACGUCCGCAGCGCCUACAACGACGUCGUCGAAGGCUUCGGCUGCGUGGCGGGUACAUUCCGGCGCCUUGAGUAGCUACCUUCGAAUGGAUUUUCUCGUCAGCUGCUUUGCGUGUUAUCGGGAUGAUUUGACCGCAGCGUCUGAUCACUGCCUGCUGUUCGGCCUACCUAUUAGUUCCCCCAUGACGCAACUCACGCCCGAGGAAGCUGCGACCCUGCACGGGCUCGGGCUCGACUGGAUCCAGAUAUUCGUGUCGAUUAUGAACGAGACGGUGUGGAUAACGAUCUACACGAUCAUCGUCUUCCAGGCCUGCGUGCUCCUCCUCGACAAGUCCCGGCGCAGCUCAUGGACCUCCCGGUUCUAUCUGCUCGGCAUCCUCAUUCUGUACUUCGGCGCAAUCGUGCAGUGGGUGCUCGACAUGGUCGGAUUCAUCAGCGAGGCCAAGCUCUCGCUCGUACUCCACCCAGACGGCGAUAUCGGCGAGAAUUUCGGCGAGGCGCUCAAGGUGGUGCUGAAGGUCGCGGCCGUGCAGGACGCUAUCUUCGCGUAUCUGACCCUGCUGGGGGACGCGAUCAUCAUACAUCGGGUGUGGAAGCUCAGAGCCUACCGCUAUGUCUGGAUCUUCCUCGUUCUCAUCGGAGCGUGGAUCGGCUCUGCAGUCGGGACGUUCAUGCUGACGUACUGUGUCGCGGUCGUCGGCUCCGACAUCGUUCUCGGCACGUUCCAGAACCCGGCCCUGUGCAGGAACGCACAGACGGUGACGUAUGUGCUGCCGUGUGCGACCACGGCGAUUGCCACCGUGCUCAUCGCCCUCACCGCGUGGCGGUACGCGCAUGCGACGCAGCUGCUGACUUCGUCCCGGCGCACGAGCGCGCGGAAUCCCGUCGCUGAGAUCCUGCUGUUGCUGGUCGAGUCCGGCCUGGUGUACCUGUUCUUCUUCGUUGCGCUUGUGAUCGAGGUCGCGCCGAUCCCGCACGCGUGGAUCGACGCGAGCCCGUUCCUCUCGCUCGCUUUCAAGAUCUACACGUACUGUUCGAGCGUCAUCAUCGGCAUAUACCCGACCAGCCUCGUCGUCCUCUCGCACUCCAAGUACGCCGUGCUCGACAGCGGCCCCGCGACGGACAUCAUCUCGACGUUUCACAUCCGCGCCGUCAACGCCGCCGGCAUCACCUCCACCACGAUCGGCGCGACGUCCUCCGGCGGCGUCACCAGCAUCGCGGACCGCGAGACCAAGUUCGACGAGGAGGGGAACGGGCUUGAGCUGCGGCUCCGGAGUAACGGCCAUGUGUCGCGCAGUGCGGAGAAGGUCAAUGUGGGGCUUGGGGAUGGGGAUGUGUGAGGUGUGAGCUGUGUGUGCGGUCCGGCUGUGUAUGUAUGUUAGGUAUUUAUUUAUUGGGUUAUUUGACUGUGUAAAUCUUCGAGCGCCGAUAUAUAUUAUGGAUGCAUGAAUGCAGGUGCGGGACAGCGGGGCCCUGUCUACUGUACGUAUACUUAUCAGCCUGUGAUGUAUGCUAGAGAAAAACGACAAACACCGGCAGUGAAAUCGAAAUACAUCCAGGGCCCAUCGUAUCGUGCAAUAGCUUAGGGGGGCGGGCCAUGAGUUGGAGAAUAGCUCCGAUGGAUUUGAUGCCUAGGCCGUACGAAGCUAGAAUGCCGGAUACCAUGUGCACACACAUGCCCCGCAACGCAAUGCGCGAUUUCAAUUCUGCAUGCAGCAGUUUCCUUGUACUUACGUAUC